CACACGCGCCAGGCGUGUAAACGAAAACCAAAAUAAAUAAUGGUGAGUGUUAAUACGGGGAAAAGAUUUAGCAUACAUCAAAGCGGAAAGAGUAGAAAGUAGAAACCCAAAAGAAGAAAACGAAGGAUUGAAUAACGCGCCGAGUCGAAACGAGGCAAAGCAGAAGCUGCGGAAGCGAGUGAAGGAGAAAAGCGAGUGGCAACAUUCCCAUUAGAUCUGGAAAAAAACCCUAAUUUUUUCUCAGUCCCUUCUCUCUAACGCGCUCUGUGUCCCUCACUCGCCUCUUUGCGGUUCGCUGCUUUUAUUUCGCGCGGAUUCCUCUCUCCGAAGAAUUACUUUGAGGUUCCUUUCUCUAAUCCAACCUCCUUCUCUCUCUCUCUCUCUCUCUCUUCUCAAGCUUCUGGUUUCCUUUUCUGGUUUUUCUAUUUGGUUGCUGGUAAAAUGGUGAACGAGAAGUGGCCACCUUGCUUUGAUCGGAGUCGUAGUGUAUACCUGUUGCAUUAUGAUACUGACAUAAUGAUACACGGGGGUCUCGAUUAAGUGACCGAAUUUCCCCCUUUUUCUUCGAAUCCUUUGGAGAAUGGAGGAAAAAACUGAAAUCUGAAAAGCUUGGCCGAGCUGCGUGUAUGGAAUACUUGUAAAGAUGUAAUUCCGGAGGUGUCAGUUUCAGCUUUAGCUGAAAGGGGCAGGUAUAGGUAGAAACUAGGAAGUAAUGAUCUUUUCACGUGCAUUUUAGAUGAGCUGCCUGGAUCAUGUUUGGUACUGGUAGCUGCUUAAGGUGAUUGUUCAUGUAAUGUGUUGCUAUGAUGAUCGCUUUACUGUAAGUUUCUCGGUUUGGGUUUGGUUUCGACCUUGUGAUGGUGUGAGUUGUGCUGGGUUCACUUGAUUAUGUGUCCUGUUCGUAUUCACUUCAUACUUAUGUUCAGGUGUCUGACUAGUAGCAACAUGAUAAGUGAAAACAUUUCUGUCGACUAAGCUUGAACCUGUGGCAACUGAUUUCAGUUACCAUGAUGUAAGGAUCUUUAGUGGUAUAAUACCAAGGGAUUUGCUACUUCGACUCUGAUGCUAUCUCUAUUGACCCUUUUCAGGUGAUAUAACCGAGGCAUUUGCUAUAGUUCCUUGUUAAUUCAUCCCAUGGAUAUUGAUCUGAGGUUGCCUUCAGGUGGGCAUGAUAAGGUAGAUGAUGAAACAAAUGGAAUUGAUCAUAUGUUAAAUGAAGACAAGCUGCAUAGUUCAGAGGCAGAGACUCUAACCAUGGUUAAUGUUUCAGAAGAUGUACAUGCUACAGAAGGUGGAAAUGUAAAUUCCCCAAUGAGAGCCAUUGAAACCAAAGAAGGAACAAAUCUUGAACCGCUUUCUGGCAUGGAAUUUGAAUCGCACAGUUCAGCAUAUGCGUUUUAUCAGGAAUAUGCCCGUUCCAUGGGGUUCAAUACUGCCAUACAGAACAGUCGUCGAUCAAAGACAUCUCGGGAAUUUAUUGAUGCAAAAUUUGCCUGUUCUAGGUAUGGAACGAAGAGAGAGUAUGAGAAGUCUUGUAACAAACCACGCUCUAGGCAGGAUAAGCAGGAACCUGAAAAUGGAACCAGCAGAAGAUCAUGCUCCAAGACCGAGCAAGCAUGCAUGUUAAGAGAAGGCCUGAUGGAAAGUGGGUCAUCCAUAGUUUCGUGAAGGAGCACAACCAUGAUCUCUUACCUGCCCAGGCUGUGAGUGAACAGACAAGAAAUAUGUACGCUGCAAUGGCUAGGCAAUUUGCUGAAUACAAGAAUGUUGUUUGCCUCAAGAAUGACACCAAGAGCCCAUUUGACAAAUCUCGAUCUUCGGUACUAGAAGCUGGAGAUGCUAAAUUUUUGCUUGAUUUCUUCACACAAAUGCAGAGUUUAAAUUCCAACUUCUUUUAUGCGGUAGACAUAGGUGAAGAUCUACGUCUGAAGAACUUGCUUUGGGUCAAUGCCAAAGGUAGGCAUGACUAUGUCAAUUUCUGUGAUGUUGUCUCCUUGGAUACCACCUACAUAAGAAACAAAUAUAAGAUACCUCUUGUUCUCUUUGUUGGAGUGAACCAACACUAUCAAUUCUUGCUGCUUGGAUGUGCUCUGAUAUCAGAUGAGAGCUCAGCAACAUAUUCCUGGCUUAUCCAAAACUGGCUUAGAGCAAUGGGUGGGCGGGCGCCUACUGUUAUCAUCACUGACCAGGACAAAACAUUGAACUCGAUUAUUCCGCAUGCCCUUCCUGGUGCUCGUCAUUGCUUUUCUUUGUGGAGCAUUUUCGGGAAGGUUUCUGAGAACUUGGGUGAUGUGAUUAAACAGCAUGACAACUUCAUUAAAAAAUUCGAAAAAUGUGUCUUCAGGUCAUGGACAGAGGCAGACUUCAUCAAGAGGUGGUGGAAACUCCUUGAUAGAUAUGAGCUCCAAGGGAAUGAGUGGAUGCAACCAUUAUAUGAAGAUCAUGAGAAAUGGGUGCCAUUGUAUUUGAAGGGUGCCAAUUUAGGUGGAAUGUCCACAGUUCAGAGAUCUGACAGCGUGAACUCGUACUUUGACAAGUUUGUGCACAAGAAGAGCACUGUGCAAGAGUUUGUGAAACAGUACGAAGGAGUUUUAAUGGAAAGGUACGAGGAAGAAGCCAAAGCAGAAUCUGAUACAUGGAACAAGCACCCCGCUCUGAAAUCCCCUUCCCCAUUGGAGAAGAGUGUUUCAGGGUUGUACACUCUUGCUGUCUUCAAGAAGUUUCAAGUUGAAGUGUUGGGCGUAGUUGCUUGCCAUCCUAAACUGGAGAGUGAAGAUGAAACUAGUGUCAUUUUUCGAGUUCAAGAUUUGGAGAAGCAGCAAGAUUUUUCUGUCAUGUGGAACCAAUUGAGAGCAGAAGUUUCUUGUAUUUGUCGACUACAUGAAUAUAAGGGUUAUCUGUGUAGGCAUGCAUUGGUUGUUUUGCAGAUGUGUCAGCAAUCUGCUGUCCCAUCUCGUUAUAUAUUAAAACGAUGGACCAAAGAGGCAAAGAGCAGGCAUCUUAGUAUGGGUGAAGAAGAAUCUGAGCAACUACAGUCUAGGAUGCAAAGGUACAAUGACUUGUGUCAGAGAGCAAUGAAACUGAGUGAGGAAGGGUCAUUUUCACAAGAGAGUCAUAACAUCGCCCUUCGUGCUGUUGAAGAAGCUUUUGGAAAUUGCUUAAGUGUCAACAAUUCUAGCAAGAGUGUCCCGGAUGCAGUUACAUCAACUGCACAUGGUCUUCUCUGCACGGAAGAUGAUAACCAAAGUAGGAGCAUGAACAAGACUAAUAAGAAAAAGAACCCUACUAAAAAAAGAAAGGCUGGGUUGGAGCCGGAGAUAACAACAGUUGGGAUAGAAGACAGCAUGAUGGAAAAGUUGAACUCUAGAGCUGUAUCACUGGAUGGCUUUUAUGGGUCACAACAGCCUGUGCCAGGGAUGGUUCAUAACUUCAUGGAACGUUAUUAUCAGCCGAGCAUACAAGGCCAGGGACAAAUGAACUCACUACCAGCGCAAACCCAUGAUGGUUAUUUCAGCUCCCAGCAAGGCCUUCCUCAUCCUCUGGGGGUGGAUUUCCUCAACAGAACUAUUGGUUAUUCUUUCGGAAUCCGGCAGGAUGAUUCUAAUGUGAGAACAUCGCAACUACAUGAUGAUGCAUCCAGACAUGUGUAGACACAAAAAAGACAGAGAAGCUGAAUACGAAUGGCGCGAGAACAUAAGUCUGUAGAUUUCUAGACCAGAGGGUGUCCAAUGAUGGUGUUUCUGUUCAUGCCGUCUGCCAGGAUAAGAUGAUUUAGAGUUAUAACAUGUAUCUUCUGCACAUGUAGCAGUCUCUUAUUUUGUAGUGCUACUAGGAUCCCCCCCUAGUGCGAGCUGAAUCUUUGUUUAUCUCUAAUCUUAGUUGUAAAGCUUGUUUGUAAUGUUGUAUCCUGAAUUCCUUUCCUGAUUAUUACGUUAGUGGAAAUCAUUGAAUGUGGUAAAGUAGAUGUUGUACUUGCAUUUGCCUCAAUUUUUUCUAGUAGUGUCAAAAGAGCUCUCUGCGAAUUGUGUUGUAAAUAUAAAGUCUUUCUUCUAAUGCGACAUAAAUUCUCGACAGUUGAAUUCUUCUUUAGAGGAAGAUAAAUCGUUUUUGAAGAUUCUCAACUUGCAAAAUAGUCUUUGCACCGUUAUUCUCUCCAUAGAACUGGAUAUUGAUCGUCUGACAUAAAACAAUAUUUCUUACUAGUUUUUUUAGUUUUUACCCGUUUUUGCCAUUUUAUGACCAUUCAACAAAGUUAUGACUAUUGGGUGAGAAAAAAAGUUUAGUAUGCAUAUCUCCGUAUGUGAGUCUUCGUAUAUCUUAUAUUUAUACUAUAAGAGUUGUAUACAUAUUAUUUUAAAACACGACUUUAUGAUAAAUUUUGUUAAAUUACAAAAAUUUAGUAAAUUUUCCCAUGUUUUUCUUAUUCUCGACAGCUGCGAUCCAAUUGACAAUUAUCACCUCUACCACCACCCCACAGUGAUGGCAACAAGUCCCAUUUGGUGAGCAAACAUUGUAUAUUCAUUAUCAUACUCAAAAUAGUUCAGGGUUUAUACAUAUCUAUACCCAUACAUGAAUCAGGUAGAAUAUCAAAAUCAUAUCCUUACCCGAUCGAGUUUCGGGUAUCCAAGAUUAUUCAUAAAUAAUAAUUCCUCAUUAUAACUUUAUCCAACAUGUUAAAUACGAAUACUAUAUGAUUGAAAAGGUACAACAAUAAAUUACUAAAAUAAAAUUUUUGUGAAGAUGUUAUAUACGUAUAAUAAAUAUAAAAUAUGUUAAGAAAAAUAAUGAUAAUUAAUUAAAUAAAAUACAUAUAAAUGUGUAAAUGGGUGUAUUUACAUUGAACCAUACUCACUCAUUAUUCUUAAUAUUCAUAUUCUAAUUUUAUCCAUACCAAUUAAAAAAUGGUAUCAUCCCCACCAAGCCCAACCCGACUCACGUGGGUGCAUAAUCAAAAGGUUAUGCACCCUUUCAUAAUUAAAUGUGUACCUUUCUUUUUUAGUGGGCACAGAAAAUUCGGAUCUAAGAGCGGGGAAUUAAAUACAUUUUAUUUUUCUAGCUUUUUUAAUCGGCUCUUAUUUUCUUCGUUCCAACUCGUUUUUUUUUUUUUUUGCAUAGAUGAAACGAGUUUGUUGUGCUCUACAAAAUGAGAUCCAUUUUCAAUAUUUUUUGAGAAAAAAGUUCAUAUCUCUCGUUACCAACCCCCAUAUCAUAUGGUAUUUGCUUCAUUUUUAAGUCUUACUGAAAAUUUUACACAGGAGGAACGAGUUCAUCAUGAUUUAUUGGAUCUAAAAAUUUUUAGGUAAAGAAAUUAGAGGAUAAAAAAACUCCACACAAUACCACCCUAAGGGUAGUAUCUUGUGGUACACAAUGUUGAAAGUCAUAAAUAACAGUUAGUAUA